UCGGAAAACAUGUUCGAAAGCAUAAGUUUUCUCUUCCUGUUUGCCCUGGCCUUCGUUGCUUGGGUCCUGCUCUGCUUCCACGAGUUCCAAAUCCAGUCCCGGGGCUCCUCCGAUUACCGAGUGGAACUCUAUACAGAAUACCCCGGGAUUACGUUUGAGCCGAACGUGUACCACAUUCCAUCGGAGCAGGAGCAAAAUCCUUCGGGCGGGGCAUUCGACUUCGCGAAGAGCUUCGGGGUGAUCUUUGCCCUGACUUUUGGCCUGUCCAAACUUCUCCAGCUGGCGGAGAUGCAGGCCAAGAGCUAUUUCAAGUGUCUCAAGGAGCUCGGCGCUGCGGAGACGUGUCACCAGCAUGAACCGAAUCCAUUCGAGCCAUUGAUAGACCACAGUGACGAUCUGAAGGAGCAGCUGAGUAUCCUACAAACGCAGUGCCUGGAAAUGCGCGAUCUUUUGAAAGAUCUGCGGAACAGCAGCAGUUCCAGUAGCUAUGGCAGUGCCCAAUCCGGAAAUGAAGUGGCUCAACCUCAAACCCAUUCCUCCGAAGAACCCAUGGUGGUGUGGCAGGAAACAGACUCCAUGGGCAAAACAGUUUCCCAAUCGUCAUCGUCUCGGUUGGCCACUUCGCAGCAGCCCAGCCAGAAUGUCUACAUCACCAACAGUCACAUUCACUUCAACGGACGCGUCUACCUCACGGAGAACCACGUCAAUGUCGACCUUUGCCGGCAGUCAUCAGUUUACGCCCGAAAUCAGAGCGUGUUCCUCCAAGGAAUGGGCAACUACAUCAGGGAACCCAAGGAGCGACCCAUUAUAGCGGGCAUGCGAUGUAACAACAUCCUCAUGUGAAUUACCAAAAUCCCUCAUUCACUCCUAAUAAACAUAGUUAACAUAUCGAAA